AACGACUGCAGAUUGCUUGAAACCGUCCCUUCUUCACCUUCCCUCUGCCCACAAUCCCACAGUUUACUGUCCGCAAAGCCGCUCUACACCCAUGCGAUCCCAGACCUUGCACUUCGGUUUGCUUUUGUCUUCGACCCCACCCCAACAAACCUGCUCUGAAUCAACCCCUUUCCCUUAUCCCCCGAGUCUCUGAGCUACUCUCUUCUCAUACCAUCCUGGGUUCUGCCAUCCUUAGAGGCAGUCCAAGCUGCUCGGUCCCUCUUCGUUCCUCCCCUCCCCAGGCCGGCAGCCUCUUGGAUCAUGCCUGGAGCUAAGCUUGCUCAGAGUUCAGAGAAAGGGGACGUCUGCAUUACAGAAGCCCUUAUCAUUAAGCGGAACUUGACAUUCCCUGAAGAUGAGGAUCUGUCAGAAAGGAUGUUUCACACUCUUGCAGAACUGGAGACUGUCCGCCUGGACCGGGAGGGGAUUACUGCUAUUAGGAACUUAGAGGGCCUCCAGAAUCUUCACAGCCUCUACCUGCAAGUGAAUAAGAUCCAGCGAAUAGAGAACCUGACCUGCGUCCCCUCCCUGUGCUUCCUGUCUCUGGCAGGAAACCACAUCAGGCAGGUGGAAAACCUCCGUGACCUCCCGCACCUCCAGCUUCUAGACCUUUCUGAGAACCUGAUAGAAACGCUGAAGCUGGAUGAGUUCCCCCAGAGCCUUCUCAUCCUCAACCUGACUGGAAACAGCUGCACCAAGAAGGAGGGCUACAGGGAGCUGGUGACUCAAGCCCUGCCUCUGCUCCUGGACCUGGACGGGCAGCCUGUGCUGGAGCGCUGGACCUCGGACGAGGAGGACAAAGCUUUAGGCGAUGAGGAUGAGGAGUUCCCGGAGCUGAGCAGCCCAUUCUGCUCAGAGCAAGGUUUCCUCAAGGAGCUGGAGGAGGAGAUGAGCAGGCACAAGGAGCGCAGGCAGCAGGUGGCCCUGCUGGAGCACCUUCUGAGGAUGGAGACAGAGCCCGUCCUCACUGGCUUCCCCCCGAUGCCCGGGGAACCCAUGGCUGGGGACAGCAGCCUUCUUGCCACUCCCAGGCAAGGGAAGAAGACUCCCCCCGAGCCCACCUCCUCACCCCAGGCAUCUUCUGCCACCAAGAAAACUUGCACUGUGGUUUCCACGGGCCAGCAAAGCACUGGCCAGGCACGGAAGGAGACCAGAGCAGCCACAGGCCCCAAGGCCUCCCUGGCUGCGGCCCCUGGCACAGCCAAAACCACGACCAAGAGAAUCAAGAAAUGAAAUGCGGCCUGUCCCUGUCAGCAAAGCCCCAGGAACAAGACAGUGCAAAGAACAAGGAGCUGAGUGGGCUGCCCUGUGUUCUCACAGCCCUCACCUGGGGCUAGAGCCGUCCCCAAUAAAUUGUCUCUGGGCCUCAA